AUGGGGCUGAGCGUUGCAGACGGACCGACUUGUUCUGCAGGCUCUGACCCUGUGGGCUUCUCAGAGCGUUGGGGUGUGGGGUCCCCUGGCCUGGAGCGGACUCGUCCUGGCGGCCCUGGAUCCAAGCACAAUCUCAGCUUUUGGAACCAGCAGCAACCGGACCGAAUUCAGUUUUUCCGGAAUUCAGUUGUUCUGACCCAAGAUCCUGGCGAUGCGGCCCAACAGGAAGCAAAGCACAGGGAAGCAGAAAUGAGAAACAGUAUCUUAGCCCAAGUUCUGGAUCAGUCGGCCCGGGCCAGGUUAAGUAACUUAGCACUUGUAAAGCCUGAAAAAACUAAAGCAGUGGAGAAUUACCUCAUACAGAUGGCAAGAUAUGGACAGCUGAGUGAGAAGGUAUCAGAACAAGGUUUAAUAGAAAUCCUUAAAAAAGUAAGCCAACAAACAGAAAAGACAACAACAGUGAAAUUCAACAGGAGAAAAGUAAUGGACUCUGAUGAAGAUGAUGAUUAUUGAACUACAAGUGUUUACAGACUAGAACUUAACGGAACAAUUCUAGGACAGAAGUUAAGAUCUGAUUAAAUAUUUACUUUGUUUAUUGUCUAUAUGCCUUUUAAAAGAAAUAAACUUGUUAUGCAAA